AUGAAUAAUACAUUUGGUAGUAUUGGCUUCCAAGAUUAUGACAUUUUCGAUAUUAUUACAACGCGAGAUCAAGAAGUUCAAGUCAAAUUAGAACAUUCCCCAAGAAUUAGUUCAGAUGAUGACAUAGAAAUUGACGGUUUUAGUUCAAGUGAGGAUGAAAUGGAAGCAGAGAAACUACCUGAGCAUAUUGACGAUCUUUUAGCAAUGGGAUUUGAUAAAGAUACUUCUGCUGCUGCCCUAUCAGUUACACAUGGUGAUGUCAAUGCUGCUGUAUCAUUAAUACUCAGUGGAAAUGUUUCCCACUUCGAAAAACCAAAACAACCAGUUAAAGUCAUUAAAGAAACAGAAAUUACACCGGAAUUCUUAGCUCAUGGUUGGAAAGAUCAUUUCAGAGAUUGUAUGGAUUCUUCAGAUGCAUUAAACGAGUUUGUUGCAGAAAUUGCAAGAUAUGAUCCAGAACUUCAUUAUUAUUUAGCUCAAAAUCAAGAUAUCCUUGAUGAAUUCAUUUACGAUGAAUAA